AUGUUCCGAAAUGUAUGUGAUUAUUUUAAAAGUGCCAAUGAAAAAAGUGAAAACUGCGAAAAGGGAGCAGCUGAUGGAGGUAAUAACAAAAGUGACGGUAAUGCCAAUGGGGUGAAUGACGAGAGUGCAGAAAGGGGCACCCUUUGCGAUGAGGCAAACCAGGAGGACUACCUAAAUGAGGGGUCUUACAAAAAUAUAGGUGAUAUUUACAAAGAGGAAGCGAGCACUGAGAAUAAUUUCAAAAAGAAUUAUGACAGUUACAACGAUCUGGAUAAUGAUAGGAAGGGGUGCAGUACGAGUGACGAGGAGAGUCGUAAAAAUAAAGACUUGGUUAGUAAUGGGGAUACCUGCAAGAACAGUGAACCGUUUGUGAAUAAUUGCGAGAUCAGCGCGAGUUGCGCGGUGAGCGACGUGAUCGGGGAGUCGAACGUGGACGCCGAGAGUGGGAGCGGCGCAUUGGGGAGUAACGCAGGAAGUAACGAUGGGAGGAACUUCAGUUGCGAAUCCGAAAACGAGCGAGAUGUGCUAGAUCCGGAAGGCAGAAGCAGCAGCAGGAGGGAUAAGCACAAGCUGGACCAAAGCGAUGAAGCCCUCAAGAGGAGGAAAUUGACCGAAGCGGGGGAGGCAGCAGAGGAAGCAGCGGUAGUAGCGGGGGAAGCAGCACCGGCAGUAGCAGAGGAAGGGGAGGAAAAUAAAACCAAGGGUGAUGGGGAAGAAAUUGUUGAGAAUGCCCACGUGGAGCAUGAUGAGAAGGCAAUUGAAGGGGAAGAAGCGGCGGUUGAUAAGGAACAGCCGGUGGAGGAGAAACUCGAGGAGAGUGCCAACCCCCCGAGCGAAGAGAAGGUGAAUUAUUUGCAAGAAAAACUGGAACAGCUCCUGUCCGAGACGAAGCGGUAUACGGAGAAGCUCUCAGGUCAGCGACUAAAAAUGAGUGUGCAGUCAAAAGCGAACAGAACGAGACGUUGUGCAAUGACCGAGAAGGAGGAAGAUUAUAUGUUAUUGAAGGAUGCCAACGAGGAGGAUGAGACGUUUAUUAUAAAACAACCAGCUAAUAUUAACGGGUGCAUGAAGCCAUAUCAAAUAGAAGGGCUAAAUUGGCUGUAUCAGUUGUAUAGACACAGAAUUAACGGCAUUUUAGCAGACGAAAUGGGUCUGGGAAAAACCUUGCAAACUAUCAGCUUGUUAUGUUACUUAAGAUUUAAUAAAAAUAUAAAACGGAAAAGUAUCAUUAUAUGUCCCAGGUCGACGUUAGAUAAUUGGUAUCAAGAAAUAAAAAAAUGGUGCACAGAAAUGAAGGCGUUUAAAUAUUACGGGAGUAAAGAGCAGAGAAGGGAAUUGAACAAAAAUGUGUUACAUACAGAUUAUGAUGUGUUGUUGACGACGUACGAAAUAGUGAUUAAAGAUAAGAGCGCCUUGUUUGAUAUCGACUGGUUUUUUCUCGUAAUAGAUGAAGCACAUAGGAUAAAGAAUGACAAAAGUGUGUUAAGUUCAUCUGUCCGUUUUCUACGAUCGGAGAAUAGAUUGCUAAUUACAGGAACUCCUUUACAUAAUAACUUGAAGGAGUUGUGGUCCCUAUUAAAUUUUUUAAUGCCAAAAAUAUUUGACAACUCGGAAGAAUUUGACAACUUAUUUAAUAUAUCAAAGAUUAGCUUGAACGAUAAUAAGCAGAGUGAAAUAAUAACCCAGCUGCACACCAUUUUGAAGCCUUUUAUGUUAAGAAGGUUGAAAGUGGAGGUGGAGCAGUCUCUACCCCCCAAGAGGGAGAUAUAUGUAUUUGUUGGUAUGUCAAAAUUGCAAAAAAAAUUAUAUUCUGAUAUACUUAGCAAAAAUAUUGAUGUAAUUAAUGCCAUGACAGGGAGCAAAAAUCAAAUGCUUAACAUACUUAUGCAGCUGAGGAAGUGCUGUAAUCAUCCCUACCUUUUUGAUGGUAUUGAAGAACCGCCUUACGUUGAAGGGAAUCACUUGAUUGAGACAUCCGGGAAGAUGUCCCUCCUGGAUAAGCUCCUCCCAAGACUGAAAAAAGAAAAUUCACGUGUGCUCCUAUUUUCGCAGAUGACUCGAGUUUUAGAUAUCAUAGAUGAUUAUUGCAGGUGGAAGAAUUAUGAGUACCUUCGUAUCGAUGGGUCCACAGUAGGAGACGAGAGGCAAAUAAGAAUCAAUCAGUUUAACGAGCCGAAUAGUAAAUAUUUUAUUUUUUUGCUGUCCACGAGAGCAGGAGGGAUUGGAAUUAACUUAACUACGGCAGAUAUUGUCAUCCUGUUCGAUUCGGACUACAACCCGCAAAUGGAUAUUCAAGCCAUGGACAGAGCACAUCGUAUAGGUCAGAAAAAAAAAGUCAUCGUGUACAGAUUUGUGACGCAAAAUUCAGUGGAGGAGAAAAUUGUCGAAAGGGCAGCGAAGAAGUUAAAGCUAGAUUCACUUAUUAUUCAAAAGGGAAAGCUAAAUUUGAAUAACAAAGAAAAUAACAAGCAAGAAUUACACGAUAUUUUAAAUUUUGGAGCCCCGGAGGUAUACAAAACACAGGACAUCUCUUCCAUUUCGGAUGAAGAUAUUGAUAUCAUUUUAGCUGAUGCUGAGAAGAGAACUAUGGAAAUUGAAAAUAAGUUAAAAAAUUUGGAAAAUAUUUUUGAUCUAUCGAAUAUAUCGCUAGAUGGGGGAUUGAACAUGUACAACGAUUUGGCAAAAGACGGUUCAGAAGAAUCGAGUGAUGAGGAGUAUUCAGACUCGGAGGAUGGUGAAGAAGAGGAGGAGAACAAAAAUUACUCGGAGGGGGAACACCUUGAAGGACAGGAAGGAGCUGAGGGAGGAGACAUUCAUGGAGUUACCAAAAAGAAGAAGAAAAAGAAAAAAAAUCUCAACAAAAUAAGAAGUACGAUAAAAAAGUUUCUGAAAAAUAAUAAAAAAAAUAUGACCUUCCUUGAUUUAGGAGAAAGAAAAAGCAAGUGGAAAGUUAUGAAUUCGACAAGCAACAAAAUUAACAAGAAAAAAAUGGAGCUUCAUGGAUGGAGAGUAGAAGCGAGGGGGGGACAUGACUUCCAGUUUUUUAAUAAUGCAAAAUUAGAUGAGUUAGAAAGGCUGGAAGAAAGGUUAAGCAAGUAUCGUGUUACUCAAGACAAAAUUAGGAAAAUUAUUGACGCGCAAAGUGAGCAAAAGGAUUUUGAGAAGUAUAUAAAUUUUUCUGACUUUCUUGAUCGGCACGGGAAGAACAUUUACGAAAUUAUCAAUUUGAUAUAUCCCAACAUUUUUGAUGAGCACACGGAUGAGGAGGGUGCGGGUGACCCCAGUGGGAACGGCGCAGAGGGGGGAAGUGCUAACAACCAGGAUGGCGCGAGCAAGACAGGGGAUGUUGUCGAUGGCGCGAGCAAGGCAGGGGAUGUUGUCGAUGGCGCGAGCAAGGCAGGGGAUGUUGUCGAUGGAGCUAGCGACAGCUCAAGCGAGGUCCAGCAGAUGAAGAAGAAAAUUAUCAAACUGUUUGAGUCGAAGAAGAAGCUAAGCAUGGUUCGGUUCAGGGACAAAAACGUGAAGGUCUGCUACGAGUACUUAACCAACUUUGUUAAGAGGCACUUGGGAGAGAGCAGUAGUAACGAAAAUAGUAACAGCAAAAAGAGUAAGAGCAGCAAGCCGGCUAGGAAGUCCAUCGACCAUGACUUGAUUAACGUAGACAUUGAUCAGAUAAGGAAUGAAAAAGAGGAGCUUCUGAAGGAGGGGUUCGCGAAGUGGAACAAGGCGGAGUUUAACAAGCUGAUGAGCGGGCUGAUCGACUACGGGAGCGAAGACAUCGAGUUCAUCCACGAGAAGUACUUCGGCAACUCGAAGAAGACUCUGGAGGACAUAAGGGCCUACUUGCGGGUCUUUUUCCGGAGAUACAACCAGGUCAAGGGGGGUAAAAGAUUCUUCGACAAAAUUCAAAAGUCCGACCUGCAGAGGCAGUUGAUACAGGAGGAAAACGAUCUCAUCGCAAAUUUUGUUGAAAAGCAGCUGUCCAAUGGAGUCGAUACCAUUGACAAGCUGGAGCUUCCCCCGAAUCUGUGCUACGAACAUGUGCAGAAACUGGAGGAGCCACCAAACCCCACAGGGGAAGUUAAGGAAGAGAAGGAGACCAAAAAUGCCAUGAGUGAAGAAGAAAUAGCAUAUUUCGAACGAGAAAAUAAAAUAUUACUUUGGCUGUUGUACCAGCAGGGGGUGGUUCACACAAAGAGCAUUCACAUUUUGACGCCCUAUUAUUGGGCUCAAGCUCAGGAUUUUUUUAAGUACGCAAGCACCCCGUUCGAAAACAUCGAGUAUAGAUGCCGGCUGAUCGUGGAUGCCGUUGUGCAGAUGAACAGAAGGAAUUCUAAAGCCACGAGUAGCAAGGAAAAGAAAAGGUGA